AAAUGAAUGACACUUGAGUUAAGGAGGUAUGAUUGAUCUCGAAAACGGAUAUUUGUGUUAGCAAAUGCCUAUAUCUAGUAGUUCUAGGUAAAGCUGGUGGAAAAUAUUCACAUAAUGGAUCGAUCUCAUAGCACACACUCCGAUCUCCUACAACAAGCAGAUUCUUCGUCCAGCUAUAGUGCGAACAUGGACAUGCAAGUACAUGAAGAGUUUACAAAAUGGGCUGUUGAUCAUGGCGCCGUCAUCAAUGGAGUCUCGCCGUUCCGAUUUCCAGGAAAGGGUUUGGGACUGGUUGCGAACAAGAAUUUCGAGGUACAAGAGCUGCAAUGGAUUGUUAUACCUCUUUCCAAAUAUUCCUGUGCGUGCUAAUCUAUAAUAGAUAGGCAAUACUCUAGUGCGAGUGCCCAUAAAGGUGCUUCGUAAAUCUACAGAUGUGCCUUCUCACUAUUCCGCGUUGGCACCAGAUAUAAAUGUUCAUGCUCUUCUAGCUCUGACCUUAGAUUCUCUGCUUGGACCAGAAUGGAAAGCCGCCCUUCCUUCCAAACAAGACAUGCAUAGCUCCAUGCCUUUGUUUUGGGAUCCCUCGUUAUUGGAGCUUCUUCCAUACUCAGCGCAAACUCUCCUCAAAGUACAAAAAGAGAAGAUCGGCUCCGCCUGGACAGUUAUCUGUAAAUCGUUCCUGGAACCACCAAUAUCGUACGAUGAAUUCAUGUACAACUAUAGUAUUGUCAACAGUAGAACAUUUUAUUAUCUCUCACAGACUAUCAAAUCUUCUAAACUCCAGCCCCCAAAGGAGGAUCGCCUUGCGUUAAACCCUUUCGCAGACUAUAUGAACCAUAGUUCAGAACCCACGGUUAAUGCGACCCUUAGUCGCGCUGGCUACACAUGUGAGCAAAAUCAUUCCUUCAGUGUUUCAGUUCCUUACAAUCUCUACCGCCGUUCUCCUUCUGAUCUCAUGUUAUACAUAUAUACCUUGCACCUUUAAUGAAGAUGUGCGCCUAGGCUCUCAUCAUCAACCAUCACUAACCCUAAAUUUCUAGUCACGGCCUCACAGCCGAUAAAGGAAGGUUCCGAAGUGCAUAUCUCAUACGGAAGUUACAACAACGAUUUCUUACUCGUCGAGUACGGGUUCAUACUAGAUGGAAAUUGUUGGGAUGAGGUAACCUUGGAUCCAUGGAUAACACCCUUGCUGAAUCCAGACCUAAAAGAAAACCUCAAAGAAAUGGGGUUUCUUGGUAACUACCUCUUGGAUCGAGACACUAUAUGUUACCGCACGCAGGUAGUCCUACGAAUUCUCUGUCUACCAUUAGGAAGAUGGAAAAGAUUCGUACAGGGGUUGGAAAGUGAAGAAGUAUCUCAAGAGGCGGCGGACAAAGUUCUGCUCCAAGUGCUAAUGGUUGGCAUGGCAGACGUCAUGGAAACAAUCAAGAGGAUAAACAAAAGUCAUGCAGGGCUGGAUUAUCAGAGGGAUACGUUGGAUAGACGCUCAAACCAGCUUGUUUUGUUGUUGGAGGGGGCGUUGAAUCGAAUAAAAUGCUGAAGCUCACCAAGCUCACUUUGAUUAUAUGAUGAUCUUCUCGAUCUCCUUUAAUUUCAAGACGUGUCUUUCCCAUGUUAUUUUUGUCGCCUUUCAACGUCUAUUCGAUUAUUGGUCUAUCUAACUACGACGGUGGUAUUU